GCUGGCUUCAUGAACUGGCAAAACGUCUCGACACCCCUUACUUCCUGUCCCCUUUAACCUCGUUCCUCGGAGUCACUGAUUCGCUGCACACUUCUAGAACGAAUGGGUUGGCAGCCAAUUACAAUCACUGGAACACAUCAGGGUCAGAGCCAAUUGGACAGGAUUUCUCCUCCUCCUUCAGCUCCGGCCAAUGGAACGUCAGCGAGGCGGGGCGGAGCCAGGUGAAUGGCUCAGGGGCCUCGGGGGCGGCGCUAGGAGGCGGACCAUCAGUGAGGAGCUCCUACGUGACAUCUCUGUACUUCGCUCUGAGCAGUCUGACCAGCGUGGGCUUCGGAAACGUCUCAGCCAACACCGACUCAGAGAAGAUCUUCUCCAUCUGCACCAUGCUCAUAGGAGCCCUGAUGCAUGCUGUGGUAUUCGGUAACGUGACAGCCAUCAUCCAGAGGAUGUACUCUCGGCGCUCCCUCUACCACACACGUACCAAGGACCUGAAGGACUUUAUCCGGGUCCACGGGCUGCCCAAGGCCCUGGAACAACGCAUGAUGGAGUGCUUCCAGACCACCUGGUCCGUCAACAACGGCAUCGACGUCAGCGAGCUGUUGAAAGACUUCCCAGAUGAGUUGAGGGCAGACAUCGCCAUGCAGCUGAACAAGGAUCUCCUGCAGCUGUCUCUUUUUGAGUCGGCCAGUAGGGGGUGUCUGCGCUCCCUGUCCCUCAUCAUAAAGACAUCGUUCUGCGCCCCGGGGGAGUAUCUCAUCCGCCAGGGAGACGCCCUGCAGGCCAUCUACUUUGUCUGCUCUGGGUCCAUGGAGGUGCUGAAGGACAACACGGUGCUGGCUAUACUGGGUCGUGGGGACCUGAUUGGCUCGGACUUCCUGACCAAGGAGCAGGUGAUCAAGACCAAUGCCGAUGUGAAGGCCCUAACCUACUGUGACCUGCAGUACAUCAGUCUGAAGGGGCUCAGAGAGGUGCUCUGGCUCUACCCAGAGUACGCCCAGAAGUUCAUCACUGAGAUACAACAUGAUCUGACUUACAAUCUGAGAGAGGGGCAUACGGCUGAGAUGGACUGGGUGACUAACGGUGGUAUUGUGAAGAAGCUUUCCUCCAUCAAAGAGGACGAGGAGGGAUCUGAGGAGGCUCAACACUCUCCCCUCCCCAAAAUGCCCCGUUCCCCUCUGGGUCUGGGAUGGGGGCUGGGCUCGCCCCUGCGCUCCCCACUGCGCUCGCCCCUGCGUAGCCCCUCCCGCCCCCCCACAGACCACCGCAGGCACCGCCCCACCACUCUCCAGAUUCCUGUGGUGAGCUUCAGUUGUGCCCCUCUGGACCUCAGUCCCAGGUUUGUGGAUGGCAUUGAAACAGACAGUGGUAGUAGUUUGGGCCGGAAGUUUGACUUCAGCCCCAGUGUAAUAAGCCCACCCAGCUCUAGUCCAGGAAUGCAGGAGGAUGCAGAGACCGUCCAGACUAUUACUAAACUGACAGAAGAGAUGACUAGCCUAUCCCUGCAGGUGUCACAGGUCAGCCAGGACCUCCAGGAAAUGACACGGCUGCUCAAGCCCCUCCUCCAGCCCCUCCUCCUCCAAGGCUCUUCCCAGUCCGUCCUCUCCUCCCUUAUGGCUGCCCUGACUCCGCCCACCAGUGAGACUCUCAGUAGCUCCGCCCCUCCACCUCCCAAAACUCCUUCCAACACCAACUUACUGCUGUUGGAAGAUACAGAGAUAGAGGGGGAGAGGAGACACCCGGAUCGCCACUUUCAGACACCUUCCGGGGGUCUGACAACCGUCCCCCUGCCCCAUCCUCACUCGGCUUCAAUAGGGGCAGAGAUGACCCCGACUAGCCCUGUUCAGCUCAGCUUCAUCGACGAGGAGAGGCCCACUGUCUGAGAGAAAGGAUUCACCAACACAGGACUGGCAUGACGAGACUGGCAUCAUGGCAUGGCUGGCAUGACACCCCUCAUAUCACUGCAUGAGGCACAUGGCUGCCCUGGGUUACUGUUUAUUUAAUACUAAGAUAACAUGAAGUAAGUUAUUAUUACCAAAUGUAUUUAUUCCUAAUAUGAAAUGUUAUGAACUGACAAGUUAUUGUUAUACCAUAUCUAUCACUGGCUAUGAUCAAAUGAAACACAUCAAAAAUAUAAAAGUCUUGUUUUACAGUUUAGGCUCUAGAGUUGGUUUGACGCAGAGUGACUGCAGAGAGGAUCUUGUCCAUUGGUUGUGGGCUGUAUUAGACAUUAUCAGACUUACACCAAACGCACAAUAAAAACACAACUCGUCAGCUGCUUGCCAGUCAGGGUUUUAUUUUAGCUGGUGGCCAUGGCUCAGUGUUAGGUCCAUCUCUUGGGUGCCCACUGGUUGGUGUUAGCUGGUGGCCAUGGCUCAGUGUUAGAUCCAUCUCUUGGGUGCCCACUGGUUGGUGUUAGCUGGUGGCCAUGGCUCAGUGAUAGGUCCAUCUCUUGGGUGCCCUCUGGUUGGUGUUAGCUGGUGGCCAUGGCUCAGUGUUAGGUCCAUCUCUUGGGUGCCCUUUGGUUGGUGUUAGCUGGUGGCCAUGGCUCAGUGUUAGGUCCAUCUCUUGGGUGCCCUUUGGUUGGUGUUAGCUGGUGGCCAUGGCUCAGUGUUAGGUCCAUCUCUUGGGUGCCCGCUGGUUGGUGUUAGCUGGUGGCCAUGGCUCAGUGUUAGGUCCAUCUCUUGGGUGCCCACUGGUUGGUGUUAGCUGGUGGCCAUGGCUCAGUGUUAGAUCCAUCUCUUGGGUGCCCACUGGUUGGUGUUAGCUGGUGGCCAUGGCUCAGUGAUAGGUCCAUCUCUUGGGUGCCCUCUGGUUGGUGUUAGCUGGUGGCCAUGGCUCAGUGUUAGGUCCAUCUCUUGGGUGCCCACUGGUUGGUGUUAGCUGGUGGCCAUGGCUCAGUGUUAGGUCCAUCUCUUGGGUGCCCUCUGGUUGGUGUUAGCUGGUGGCCAUGGCUCAGUGUUAGGUCCAUCUCUUGGGUGCCCUUUGGUUGGUGUUAGCUGGUGGCCAUGGCUCAGUGUUAGGUCCAUCUCUUGGGUGCCCGCUGGUUGGUGUUAGCUGGUGGCCAUGGCUCAGUGUUAGGUCCAUCUCUUGGGUGCCCACUGGUUGGUGUUAGCUGGUGGCCAUGGCUCAGUGUUAGGUCCAUCUCUUGGGUGCCCACUGGUUGGUGUUAGCUGGUGGCCAUGGCUCAGUGUUAGAUCCAUC